AUGACUGAGUUUGUGUUCUGUGCUGAAGGCCCUACAAAAGAUGGUCCAUCUGCUGGUGGAAAACGCGCCCGCACCAAGGAAAUUUUGGAUGCAGAUGCUUUGGAGCCUGAGGCACCUCCUCCCCCACUGCCCCCAAUUCCAAUGAGUUUUAAAGACAAAGUUGCUGGUGACUUUGGUAUGGCUGAGGAACAAAUGGAAAUUGGAGACGAUGAUGUUAUUAUCAAAUCAAGGACGAUUCCCUCAAUCCAAUUCUCUGACAAAAUCAAGAACGCGUUAUAUCGGCCCUGGCUUACGGCGGUGAUCAUCAAGCUCAUGGGUCGCCCUCUAGCCUACACUUUUUUGAGAGCCCGUCUUCUCCAGGAGUGGGAGCUUAAGGGCCCAAUGAACCUUAUUGAUUUAGAGAAUAGCUACUUCAUUGUUAAAUUUGUUUAUGAAGAAGAUAUGAAAUAUGUUCUUACCAGCGGUCCUUGGCAAAUUGCUGGGCAAUACGUGGUGACCCAAAAGUGGAAACUUGGAUUUAAUGCCCAGGAGGAAAAAAUAUCUCAUAUGACUGCUUGGGUGCGUAUCAAUGGAUUGAAUGUUGAAUACUUCCGUUAUGACGUGAUGGAGAAAAUUGGGAACCUGAUAGGGAAUACAAUCAAGGUUGAUGCCAAUACGAUGAGUCAAGCUCGAGGUAAGUUUGCCAGAAUUUGCAUUGAACUUGAUUUAGCUAAACCCCUCACCCCAUUUAUUGAGGUUGAAGGUCGUACCUAUGGAGUUGUAUAUGAAGGCAUUAACCUGGUCUGCUUUGAAUGUGGGUGUUAUGACCAUGGAAGGGAUACCUGUCCUAUUAUUGUGCAAGCUAAACAACAGGCAGCUGAUUCUGUUGACACUGAGGGCAUGGAAAUGAAUAAUACAAACAAAACUGAUGAUCUGCAAGUUGAUAACCCAACUACACUGGCUGCUGAAAAUCCAGCUAAGAUACAUAGAGAGUGGAUGCUGAUGAAGACAAGGAAUUUUAAGAAGAAGGUCUUGAAUGACUCAGGAAAGGGUGCUGAAAUUAGCAAGAGGAACCCAAAGAACUCAAAUGAUUACAAUGGCUCUCGGUUUAAUGUCCUGAAUGAGGAAGGAAAAAGUGGUAAUGGAAUAAUUUUGGAAGAGUUCCCCCCUGUCAAAGCAACUGCUUUGGGCUAA